UUACUUCAGAGCAGAUAUGAAAUUGGGAACAAAACAAUAUUACAAUUGCGAGGCUGGGUAUGAGAAAAUGGCAGAAGUGGCCACAUGUACAGAAGACGGAUGGACACCAAAACCACUGUGUGAAAAAAUGUGUGCAGCACCCAACAUCCCAAAUGCAGAGAUUGUGGAAGGCAAAACAAGAACAUCAAAAUACCAAAUCUAUUCAAAAAUAAAAUAUCAGUGUCAUCAUGGAUUUGAACCAGAGCAGCUUAUAGAAAUCACUUGUAAUUCCCAGGCUCAAUGGACAGACAUUCAGAAAUGCACUGAAAAAAUGUGUGCAGCACCCAACAUCCCCAAUGCAGAGAUUGUGGGGGGCUGGAAAUCAAAAUAUCAAACCAAUUCAAGAAUACUAUAUAAAUGUCUUCCUGGAUUUGAACCAGAGCAGCCUGUACAAAUCACCUGUAAUUUCCAGGCUCACUGGACAGGCAUACAGGAAUGCACUGAACUUUGCCCUGAUCCUUCUGUGAAAAAUGGGUUCAUAUACAAGCAUCCAUCCAACAAGAAAAAAAUCUUUUACUCCUGCAACACGGGUUAUAAACCAUUCAGUGGGAAAUGGUGGGAUUCAGUGACAUGCAGCAAAGGAUCAUGGUCUGAUGAACCUCAUUGCAUCCGGGAGGAAGAAUGUGGUGCUCUUCCCAGUGUUGCAAAGUGAAGCAAACCAAACACACCUUUCGUGAUGGAAAUACAACAGAAUUUGAAUGUGAUCCAGGAUUCAUAUCAACUCCAGGCUUCAUAAAAUGCAUCAAUGGUACAUGGGAGAAAACAGUUUG